UUAAGUUCAUCAAAGAUGACUGACCACGGUUAAAUACAAGAAAAAGUUUUUUUUUUGGUUGGAAAAUUAUUUAAUUUAAUAUGGAAAAAAAACUCCUCGGAACGUCGAAACAUAAAGUGAAAUAUCAAUAAAAUAGUCGAAUGUGCGAAAAUAUCGAAAUAAUAUUAUUUAAAAUUACGUAAAUUACUCGAAAAAUUUUGAAAAUUGCCGAUAAGAAAAGAAAAAAAAAAUUGUGUAGGGAAUAGUGACGACGAAAAAAAAAUUCUUAUUUGAUUGGAAAAAAUUCUUGAAAAAAUUUUGAAAGAAUUUAGAAAACUAAUGUUAAAGAAUUAAAUUUUUUAAGUGAAAUUAAAUAUAUUUACUAAAACCAAAUAAUAUAAAAUUAUAUCAGAUAAGAAUUAAACAUAAGGUGGAAAAAAUACAUUUUUUUUUUGAUUGUAUGAGCUGUGGAGAAGUUGAAGAAGAAAAAAAAAUAUUUUUUGGGCAUAAUUUGCUGUGUGGCUUUUUUAUGUUAAAAAAUUUUGCACAAUAAAAAGAGAUAAAAUGUUAAUUUCAAAAUGCUCGAAUACAUAAUCAAUAGUAAAGUGUUAGAGUGAAACGAAUAUAUAAACGAAUAUUUUUAUUUUCCUUUUUUGACAACAAAUUGUAAAUUUGACAGUUGCUGGAAUGAAAGAGAAGCUCAUUGAAUGUCAAAAUUAUUUAUUGUUUUUGUGUAAAGAAAUUUGUUGAGAGGAAAAAAAAAUUUUUUUUUUUUAUUUUUAAAUAAGAAAAUCUUUGAUAAAAUUUACAAGAAAAGAAAAACAAAAAAAUUAAUUUAAAAAAGUUCCUGUUUUAUUUUAAAAUUUAUUAAAAAAUAAUAGAUUUUUCAAUUGAAUUAUUGCAAUUUUAAACCUAACCAAAGCACAUCACAUAUUUCAAAUUUCAUGAGUUUUAUUUUACUAAAUUUUAUUUUUAAUAAGUAAAAAUAAUUUGCAAGAGAAAUUUAAAUAAAAAUUUUAAAAUGAAUUUAAAUUUACCAUUCUUUUUCAUAAGAUAAAUUAAAAAAAAAAUAUUCUGGUGAAAUUCAAAAUAAAAAAAAAAUUAAAUUAAAAUAAAUUAAGAAGUGAUUAGAAUUAUUUAAAAGAAAAGCGGGAAAAUAUAAGUGUCUACUUAUUUUUAAAACAAAAGAAAAAACUAUAGCAAAAUAAUCUAAACGUUAAGAGUUGUAAAUUUUCUCUUACUUAGCAUACAUUUUACAUACAUAACAUAAUUUUGAAAGAAACAAAAAAAAAAAAUUUAAUAAAACAUCAAAAUGGCAUACCGAAAACCAAUUGAUUUAGAUGGUUUUAUUAAUUUAAUGCCAAAAGCAGAUAUGAGAGUAAAAGCAAUAUUAGCUGAAGAUUUAGUAACAUAUUUAAGUGAUGAAACAAAUUCAAUUGUCUGUCAAGAUUUAGGAUUGCUAAUUGAUGGUCUAAUACCAUGGUUAACUGGAAGUCAUUUUAAGAUUGCACAAAAAUCAUUAGAAGCAUUCACAGAAUUAAUAAAACGUCUUGGACCAGAUUUUAAUGCAUAUACAGCAACAGUAUUGCCACAUGUUAUUGAUAGAUUAGGUGAUAGUAAAGAUACAGUCAGAGAGAAAGCACAAUUAUUAUUGCACAAUUUGAUGGAAUCAAAAGUUUCAACACCACAAAAUUUAAUUGAUAAAUUGACAAUUUGUUUUAAACAUAAGAACGCAAAAGUUAGAGAAGAAUUUUUACAAACGAUAGUAAAUACCCUUAAUGAGUACGGGACUGCUCAACUCUCAUUAAAAGGUUAUAUUCAACCUAUAGUUAAUUUACUUGGUGAUCCAACAGCAACAGUACGUGAUGCAGCCAUACAAACUUUAGUUGAAAUUUAUAAACACGUUGGUGAUAGACUUAGAGUUGACUUACGUAAAAAGGAAGUACCGCCAAUGAAAUUGGCUAUUUUAGAACAAAAAUUUGAAGAAAUACGUGAAGAAGGUUUAUUAUUAAAAUCUGCAUUAAAUCAUAACGGACAAGACGAACUUGACGCUACCGCUCCACAAAGACCAACACGUUUAGUUAAAAGAACAAUAUCAGCAACAAUGAGAAAACCACAAUCCUUAGAUGUAACAACAGCUAGUGGUACUGAUGUUGGUUCAGUAACACCAGAAAUUUUUGAAGCAUCCUUUGAAAAUGUACCAACAAUAACAAUAUUUACAAAUCGUGAUAUUGAAGAAUUAUUUAAACAAAUAACAAUACAAAUAAGUGACAAAAAUAUAGACUGGGAGAAACGUGUUGAUGCAUUAAAAAAAAUUCGUUCUCUAUUAAUUAUGAAUGUACAAAGUCAGCCAACAUUUCCAGCAUAUUUAAAAGAUUUAUCAAGAGCAUUCCUAGAUAUAUUAACUGAAUUACGUUCACAAGUAAUACGUGAAGCAUGUAUAACACUUGCAUAUAUGGCUAAAAUCUUAAGGAAUAAAUUAGAUCAAUUUUGCAUUUAUAUAUUACAAGAAUUAAUUAAUUUAGUACCAAAUGCUGCCAAAGUUAUAUCUUCCGCUGCUAUAAUUACAUUAAAAUAUAUUAUGAAAUAUACACAUGCACCAAAAUUAAUACCAAUAUUAACAUCAAAUUUAAUGCAAUCAAAAUCAAAAGAUAUACGUGCAACAAUAUGUGAAUUAAUGAUAUUAAUAUUUGAUGAAUGGCAAACAAAAUGUAUUGAACGUAGUAUUGUAUUAUUAAAAGAUGCAUUAAAAAAAGGUAUUAAUGAUGCAGAUAAUGAUGCAAGGAAAUAUAGUAGAAGGGCAUUUUGGUCAUUUAAAAAACAUUUUCCAAGUGAUGCAGAUAAUUUAUAUAUGUCAUUAGAUUUAACAUCACAAAAGCAAUUGGAUCGUGAAAGAGAUAUAUUAUCUGGUGGAAAUGGUUCAGGUUCGAUGAGUGCUAGUUUACGUGGUAGUAAUACAAGUUUGAAUUCAAUGCCGGGAACUGUAAUAAAACGAAGAACUUCAACAGGUUUAAGAUCACCAGCUACUGCUAAUCCCUCAGCAACGAGUAUAAGUACUGAAAAUUUAUCAAGUGGUGGUACAAAAUUAAAUCGAGUACCUUCAUUACCUCGUUCUUAUAAUAGAAAUCGUAGUGGUAUUCCUGUAGCUCAAAGAGAGCUACCGGUUAGAGCUGGUUUAAGAAGCAUUUCUGCUGUUGAUACAGCUGCUGCUCAAAGAGCAAGAGCUCGUGCACAAUAUUCUAAUUUAGCUAGAAUGAAAAUGACAUCAGGAACAGCAUCUUUACAAGGGCAUUUUGCUCAGCAAGCAAGAGCAAAGAAAAUAUCAACCACAAGUAGUAGCAAUACAGCAACACCUCAACAUUCUUCCCCUGAACAUCGACCAGCCGUAGUACCUAGAUCUAGAGCGGGUGUUUCACAAUCACAACCCACAUCACGUAGUACAUCGCCGUCAUCAAAGUUACGGGAAAUGUAUGGUUCCUUUUCAUCAUAUAGACCGACAGGAACAGUUCCAAAGAAAUCAUCUGGUAUACCCAGAUCGUUAGCAAACUCAAGAGAAACAAGUCCAACAAGAGGGCCAUUUAAUAGAAAAUUGUAUGCAAAUAGCCCUAGAAGACCAGAUAGACCACCCAUUAAUCCAGCACGGCCUGUACUAGCACAAAAAAUUUUACAACAGAGUAGAGAAGCUGAGACCGCUUUAGCAGAUGCAUUGUCACCUGAAGAUGCUGAUUUAUCAUCAGAUUAUUCAAGACUAUCACUAGGACGUAAAUUAUCAAGAGAAGAAUCUGAUGAAAGUGAAGCCUCCUCAGUAUGUUCAGAAAGAAGUUUUGAUUCAAGGCGAGGGCAUGAUAAUUAUUCUUGGAAUGGAUCUCGAAAUCGCCUUGAUAGUUUUCGUGCUCCAAUUGAAGAUAUUGACCUCAUUAUACAAUAUUGUGCCUCAACUCAUUGGGCUGAAAGAAAAGAUGGUCUAAUUAGUUUAACGCAAUAUUUAUCUGAUGGAAAAACGUUAACACCGACACAAUUACAGUGUGUUCUUGAUAUGUUCCGGAAAAUGUUUAUGGAUACACAUACAAAAGUGUAUGCUUUAUUUUUGGAUACUGUCAAUGAAUUAAUUUUAGCUCAUUCACAUGAUCUACAUAAUUGGUUAUUUAUAUUAUUAACACGUUUAUUUAAUAAACUUGGUACUGAGCUAUUAGGUUCAAUGCAUGGUAAAAUAUGGAAAACUUUACAACUUGUUCAUGAAUAUUUUCCGACAGAAUUACAAAUGCAUUGUGUAUUUAGAAUAUUAGUUGAUGCAGCACAAACACCAUCAACUAAAACACGUAUUGCAACAUUAAAAUUUUUAACAAAUUUAGCAACAACAUAUUGUUCGGCAUCAGAUUUUACAAAUGAAGGUCCAGCUGAAAAAGCAAUAUCAAAAAUUGUACAGUUAUCAAUUGAUCAAAAAAGUGCUGAAUUAAGAGCACAAGCUAGAUAUUGUUUAAUUGCAUUAUAUAAUUGUAAUACACCAAAUAUGACAAUGAUGAUGUCUGAAUUACCAAAGAAUUAUCAGGACACUGCUCGUUCUAUAAUUCAACAACAUCUAAAAAGAAGUACUUCCGGAACUGAUAGUCCAUCAUCAUCACCAUUAUCAUGCUCGAGUCCAAAACCUUUGGUUAGUCCAUCGCAAGGUCCAUAUAGUUUACAAAAUAACUCUAGCCCAAGAUCUAGACAGUCUUCUGUUGAAAUAACUGAAAAUUUGAAUAGUGAAGAAGUUUAUAAACGUUUAAGAAAAACAACAGCUGAAAUCCAAAAUUAUAGUUUUGAAGCAAAAUUGGAUCGUGAUACUAAUAGUAAAGAUUCUGGUAUUAGUCAAAUGGGGGAUCAUAUAGUAACAACUACAGCUAAUAUUAAUCUUGGCAUUAAUGCAAAUAGUAAUUUAUUGCAUGGUGAAUCUCACUUAUUAUCAGCAAAUGGUAUUAAUGGUCAUAUUGGAUCUGAAAGAGAAGAGUCGUGUAAUGGAUCGAAAACACAAUCAGCUACAACAACUGAAUCAAAUACCCCAGAAAAUACAGUACGUUUAGAACAUGCAAUGGAAAUGCAAAAUAGUAGAUUAGCUGCAUCACAACGCUACCAAAACAUACAAUUUUUGGAAAACGGUGAAGUGAUUUUAGAAAACAAUCUUAAAGAAAGUGAUAUUAUUCAGGCUGCCAUAGUUUUAAAUCACGAAACGAGUAUGGAAGUUAUCCAACAUACCUUGUGUGAUUUAGCUGCUUGUAUUAAAUAUGGAAAUUGUGAAUUGCCAAAUAAGCAUUUCAAAGGUAUUAUAAAAAUGUUGCUAAGUUUAUUGGAAUCACCAAAUAGUGAUAUAAUGAUAGCUGCUUUAAGAGUCCUUGCAAAAAUUUUACGAAGUGAGAAAAUGAAACCAUAUUGGAAUAAUUUCUUAGAAUUAAUUUUAUUAAAAAUAAUUGACUGUUAUAAGCAAAAUAAAGAAGCUGUGAAAGACAUCGACAAUUUAUUGCCACGAAUAGCUUCAAUAUUACCAGUAAAUGCAACAAUAAAUAUACUAAAUACAGUUAUAGCAACUGGGGUAUAUCCAAUGAACUUAUGUGCUGUAAAAUUAUUAAAUGAUUUAGCUGAAAAACAAGGUGAACAAUUCACUGAAAAUCAUUUGGAAAGUGUUAUGCCAAAUUUGGCCAGGUUGGCUGAUGAUUCUGUGUCGGUUGUUAGAAAGGCGGCUGUAUUUUGUAUUGUUAAAUUGUAUAUUGUAAUGGGUGAAGAGAAAGUGAAGCCGAAAUUAUCAAUUUUAAAUGCUAGUAAAAUAAGAUUAUUAAACGUUUACAUUGAAAAAGCUAAGUCAAGUAAAUCAUGAUCAAAAACUACAAAGUGAUUGUUUUCAAAGGGCCGUCACUAUGCAAAAAAAAUUCGUAUUAAGUUUCAAUAUAAAUUUAAACAACAGCAAAAUCAUAAUAACAAACAUGAAUCAAUUCCCGAAUAAUAAUUUUUACUAAUCUACAUCUAAAAAAAAGCAAAACAAAAAAAGGAAAUUAAAAUUUAAGUUGAAAAUAAGAGAAAAACCAUAUAAAAAUAAUAAUUUAAUAUACAUAAAAAAAAAGUAAUUUUAGAAAAAAUUAAAAAUUAAAUAAAAAUAACAUUAAAUUCACACAACUCACAACCACUUUUUAUUUCAUUUUAAGACACAAAAAAUAAACGCAUUCAUAUUUAUAUAUAAAAAAAAAUUAAUCUUAAAAUUAUAAAAAGUAAAAAAAAAACAUGAUAAAUUAAUGAAAUUAAAUUUUCUUUUCAAUUUUCUUUCGUUCAUUUCCUUUUCAUUUUAUGUUUAAAAAAACAA